CCACCUGGCUCCCCACAAUUCAUCCCACCUCAUUCAUUUCACAGACACAGCUCACAAUACACCUGCAAAACCCACAUCACCAAUUGAGAACCAACCAACCCGGCAAGAAAAGAAUCUCCGGUUCAAGCCAAAAUGUGCAACUCCAACGUCAAGUCCGCGGGCGACGCCCAGAUCGACGGCCGGCCGGUGCUGCAGCCAGCAGGCAACCGCGUGGCGGCGCCGGACGGUGCCCGCCCGCUCAAGAAGGCCCUGCAGAAGUCGCUCUCCAUGCCGGCUUCGCUCGACAAUGCUGCUGCAACCACCUGCCCGGCCGCACGCCCCGCGCCCGAUAACACCCGCGCGGCGGCGGCUCCUCCUCUUCUGCCACCUACGCCGGCUUCGGUCACUGCAAGGGCAACGAAGGCGGCUGGGGCCAAGGCUGCGGCCGUGUACGCGGAGAAGAGCAGGACGAAGGCCAGGAAGGCUGGCGCCGUGCUGCCAGUGGUGACGUUCGCGGCGCUGGAGGCGUUCGAGCCCGCCGGGAGCAUCGCGGCGGCGCAGCGCGAGCACGCCGCGCUGGCGCAGGCGCAGCGCAAGCAGAGGAUCGCGCACUACGGCCGCACCGCGUCCUUCUCCCGGGUCGAGGGGAGGGUCGGCGCCACCUUCACGGCGGCUGCCGAGCACGUCGCCGCCUCCCCCACCGGGCACGACGAGAAGCGCUGCAGCUUCAUCACUCCCUACUCAGACCCCCUGUAUGUCGCGUACCACGACGAGGAGUGGGGACUGCCCGUGCACGAUGACGAGUUGCUGUUCGAGAUGCUCACGUUGUCCGGCGUGCAAGUCGGGGCAGAUUGGACUUCCAUCCUGAAGAAAAGACACCUCUACAGGGAGGCAUUCUCCGGCUUCAAUGUGGAUGUGGUCGCCAAGUACACGGAGAAGCAGGUCGCGUCGCUGAGCGCGGACUUCGGGCUGGAUUUGGGCACCGUCAGAGGGACCGUCAACAACGCCUGCCGGAUUCUCGAGGUGAGGAGGGACUUCGGUUCGUUCGACAAGUACGUGUGGGCGUUCGUGAACAACAAGCCGCUGUCGCCGAGCUACAAGUACAGCCGGAAGAUCCCGGUGAAGACCUCCAAGUCGGAGUCGAUCAGCAAGGACAUGGUCCGUCGCGGCUUCCGCUUCGUCGGCCCCACCGUCAUCCACUCCUUCAUGCAGGCCGUCGGCCUCACCAACGACCACCUCGUCUCCUGCCCGCGCCACCGCGUCUGCUGCUCCUCCUCUUCACCCCGCGCAAACUGAUCGAUUCUGACCACCGCCGACCACCCACAAAAACGAGAGGGAAAAAAACUCUCACGGAGAAAAAGAAGAGGUAGCCUCAAGUAGUAUACAAAAUGAAGUGUUGGUUUGCGAGUGUGUAUGUGUGCUCUUGUGUAGAUUAAUUACCCUCCGUAAUUAGCCAAGGAGAUUGCUUGUCAGUUGCCUUACCACUUGGUAGCCGUGUGUACCGUCACCAUCACUACAGCAGCUUUGGUGUAUGUAUGUAUAGUCAUUAUUUG